UUGUAAAUCUGCCCUCCCACCGCUAUCUAUGUAACGCUCGAGUGAUCACAAGCAGGGAGCGCAUUUAAACCUGGGAGACUUGGAGGGAUCGGGCAGAUGCUGAUGCAGGUUUAAAGGAAGCAAAAUAAAUAAAAUAAAAUAAAACAAGAAAGACAAACUGACAUCAUGAGUAUGAACUACGCUUCUGCGGCGCCCACACAGAGGUCCACGUCGUUUUUCAUUGAGGACAUCUUAUUGCACAAACCCAAGCCGCUGAGAGAGGUCAUCCCCUCGCCGUUCUGUAGCUCCCUGGCCUCCCGGAUGCCCAUCCUGGAUUAUGGAUACCCGCUGAUGCCAACUCCAAUACUGGCGCCACAUCCGCACCAUCCUCUCCACAAGCCAGAGCAUCACCAGUACUUCUUCACAUCUGGGAUGCAGAUGCCGGCCUUGUUCCAGCACCACGCAGAGCUACCGGGCAAGCACUGCCGGCGCAGGAAGGCCCGGACGGUCUUCUCCGACUCGCAGCUGUCCGGCCUGGAGAAGCGCUUUGAGAUCCAGCGGUAUCUGUCCACCCCGGAGAGAGUGGAGCUGGCCACGGCGCUAAGCCUGUCCGAGACCCAGGUGAAAACGUGGUUCCAGAACCGGCGGAUGAAGCACAAGAAGCAGCUGAGGAAGGCGCAGGACGAGCGGAAGACUCCCGGAGAUCUGGAGAGGUCCGCCGAGAACUCCAGCGAGAGCGACCUGAACGAGAAGAGAGGCGAGGAGCUGAAGCACUGCCUGGAGCCGGACUCCUACAUGCUGGACGAAAACGACGACGAUGUGGAUAUCGAAGAUGACAUUUGCUCCCCGAAUCACCUCCUAUAGUUGGCUGCAGAGCUGUGCCCCGAGCAGCAGCUUUCCCUCUGUAAAUAUACUGUAGGUAGACCACACUGACUGUCCUCUCCUUCCAUUACAAACAUGUAAGUUACUGUUUUAAAUGAAGGGGGGGAUAGGCCAUACAAGACAAUGUAAAUAUUUAUUCAAACAUGCAAAAUGGGCAGAUUAAUUGUUUACAACUGCAGUUUUUCCUCGUGUAUUAUAAUAAUAAUAAUAAUUAUUAUUAACAUCAUUGGCGUUGUUGAUGUAUUAUUAUUAUUAUUAUUAUUAUUAUUAUUAUUAUUAUUAUUAUUAUUAUUAUUAUUAUUAUUAUUAUUAUUCAGGCCAAUGUCUGGCAUAUUUAGUAAUAUAGCAAGGCUGUAAUACUACGUUACUAUACAUGUUAUUUUUAUUACACGGGUGUCUUUUUUUUAAAUCUGUACAAAUGACUACAAAAAAGCCUGUCGACCAGCUCUUUGCUUUGUAACAUAUACAGGCAUCGUGCUACCCAUCUUUUGCACUUUUAUUCCAAACAAAGUAUCCCAUGCACCCCUCA